CGUCUCCCACCUCGCCGCAUAAAAAUCCCACGCGCCGACGCCCCUGCUCCCCGCCUCCCCACUCGCAGCUCCGACCCCCAAGCCCCAAAUCGCGCUUAAAACCCUAGCGCACCGCCAUGGCCGCCUCACCCACCGCCUCCUCCUCCUCCGCCCGCACUGCCUCCGCCGCUGCCGCGGCGGCGGCGGCCGCCGAGGCCACCGACGGGCCGGUGCUCAGCGUGGUCUCGAAGCGCCUCCGCGCGCUGCGGAAGAAGUACAACCGCAUCAUGCAGAUGGAGGAGUCGCUCGCCGCCGGUAAGACGCUCAACCGCGAGCAGGAGGAGGUCCUCCGAUCCAAGCCCGUCGUCGUCGCGCUCAUCGACGAACUCGAGCGCCUCCGCGCCCCGCUCGCCUCCGCCCUCGCCGAGGAGCUCUCCUCCCGUCCCGCCCCCGCCCCCGCCGUUUCUUCCUCCGACUCAGAUUUGUCCAUUCAGGACCUCCUCGCACUCGUCUACUUCGGUUCCCUCUUCGACGUGAAGCCGCAGAGCGAGUUCAUGGCCACGAUGGUCGCACGCACCCACGAGCGGAGCUGCUGCAUCACCUAUGACUAUGUCACGGAUGAUGCGGCGGACCUGCUCGUGGAGACCGACCUCGACGCUGUGUCUGCUCUCGCGGCCCUGGCCGCCUCGCGUCCUGCUGCUGCGGCGGGCGUCUCCCACAGCGAUGCGCUCCAAGCAUGUGCCCAUCACGCCCGUCUCUGGCUCCGCCGUGCAGAUGAGCCCAUCCAUCCUGAUUCCGGCAUCACAUAUGCUGGGGUGAGGGCAAAGUUAGAUAAGAUCAUGUCAUCGGACUACUACACAGCACAACCAGAGAUGAGGGCAACGGAGGACGUGGCUGCUGCAGUAGGGAGCUACGGUGCUGGAGGUGUGCAGGCACAGGAGGGCAUGGUUUUGUCGCCCCAGGCACCGGCGACAGUUGAGGAGAGCGUGGCUGUUGAAGGGCACAAGGAUGAGAAGGAAGAUUCUCAGGCUACAGAAAUCUACACUGACCAUCAGUCUCCUCUUGUUGAUGCUCAGCAUGUGGAUGAUGAAGCUCCGGUGAACCCAAGUGAUGAAGCUCCUUCAGCUGAGGUAGAGCAGGAGAGAUUUGAAGCUGAUGCGGAGGAUCCAGAGGAAAAAGACCAACAGUUCAUCCAUCGACGGUCUUACCAGAACCAGCGUGGUGGUGGUCGCGGUGGUGGCAGGAGGGGCUAUGCUAAUGGCCGUGGAGGACGUGGAGGACGUGGUGUGGGCGGUGGGUACCAGAAUGGCCGUGGCGGCGGCGGGUACCAGAAUGGCCGUGGCGGCAGCGGUGGGUACUACUAUGAUACUGGAUACUACCAGCAGAGGAACUACAACAACAGAGGCCGGGGUGGUCGCUCUGGUGGCAACUCUUACUACGUCAAUCAUGGUGGAAGCCUGCAGGGAGGGGGCCAUGCACAUUCUGGGAGGGUGGAGCUGGGUGCCAACGCUUAGCUUGCUAACUAUUUUACUCGGAGUCAGGGAGGGAGCCAUUUUGUUAUUAUAGAACUAACUUAGCCUGUUAUUACGUCACCGUACGCUCCAUCUGUGAGUUAUUUUGCUACUCCAAUGACUGCAUAUGGUUGGUCGGUAAUGUGGAAUACUCUGGGGAAAUAGUUUCAGGUCA